AUGGAGGGAUGUCUGGGAGACCUCAGGGAUGAAGUCUGUGUGCCUUAUCUGGAUGAUGUCCUUGUUUUCAGCCGCACUUUUGACCAACAUGUGCACAAUGUCAGACAAGUCCUGCAGAGACAGAAAGCCUGUGGGAUAAAGCUCAGGGCUGAAAAAUGUGAGUUAUUCAAGCCACAAGUGACGUAUGUUGGGCGUGUCAUCUCUGCCGAGGGGUACAGGAUGAACCCGAAAGAGGUGGAGGCAGUGAAGGCACAGCAGACCCCAGAUACAGUGAGGGAAGUGAGGAAGCUCCUUGAAUUUCUGAGCUGCUACAGAACAUACAUCCAGGACUUCUCCAGGAUUGCAAAGCCACUACCCAAGCCGAUUGAGACCAUCCUAAAGUGCACCGAAGAAUGUGGGCAAGAGGCCAUGGACAGCAUUUGUAAAGCCAUCAAGAGCAGCCAAAUGGUCCUAGGAGGAGAAGAGAAAGAGCCAGAGUGUCACCAGAGCGAGGAAGGCAAGCCAGAUCCCUGCCGGCUGCUGCAGACUUCCAGCCAAGGGCCCUCGUACCCAGUCAGCUUGAGCAGAGAGCUGCACCUGUGGAGAGAGCUGAAGAAGCUGUUCCAGAGGCUGAUCCUGAGCCAGUGCUGGAGGCAGAGCCAGAAACGCCCACCUCUGACUCCUCUGAGGAAGCUCCAGAGCCCCGCCCAGUCAGAGCCAGACGGCCCAGGCCUGUACACCUACGAUCAUCUUGGUGAGCCCACUGUCCGAGAACUGCAGAGCUGUCCAGUCGGUGUGUCCAGGCCAGGUCCAGAUGUGUCGAGGGUCCGAGAUGACUACUGCACCGCCAACCUAUAUCCUUUGCACGUCGCACUUUGA